AUGGCUACGAACGACAAAGCUGACGAAGAACGCAUCGAGAAGGGGUCCGGUCUCAUCUCGCCCCCACAACACGGUGAUGCUGCACUCGAAAUCCUGGGCGACGGAGCUACUCGCCAUGAAAUUACUGACGAGCAAAGUGCGGCCGUCUUGCGCAAGAUUGACAGAUAUGUUCUGCCUGUUAUGCUCAUGGUUUACUUUCUGCAACAGUUGGACAAAUCUUCACUGAGCUACACGUCCGUCUUCGGCAUCGUGGCAGAGACGGGGCUUGUUGGGACGCAAUACAGCUGGCUCAACAGCAUUGUCUAUGUCGCGCAACUCAUCUGGCAGCCGUGCUCAUCAUAUUUCCUCGUCCGACUGCCUCUAUCCAAAUACCUGUUCGUCAACGUGUUCAUGUGGGGAGCCGUAGUCGCCGCAACCUCUGCAGCAAAGAACUUUGGUGGGCUACUAGCUGCGCGCUUCUUCUUGGGUCUCUUCGAAGCGACCGUGGCACCAUGUUUCAUAACGAUAACCCAAAUGUGGUGGAGGCGCCGAGAGCAAACUCUGCGUCUGUCUUACUGGUUCGCAAUGAAUGGAUGCACUGGCAUGGUCGGGUCUCUGCUGACUUACGGACUUGGCCAUAUCCAUGGCCGGCUCCAUUCAUAUCAAGUCAUCUUCCUCUUUAUCGGACUUUUGACGGUCGUCUGUUCGCCGGUUGUAUACUUUGCGCUUCCCGAUUCACCCACCAAAGCCCGAUUCCUCAAUCAUGAAGAGAAAGUAGUUGCGAUAGAGAGGUUACGAGCCAAUAACCAGGGCACUGAAACGAAGGUCUGGAAAUGGGACCAAGUACUCGAGGUGUUUUUGGACAUCAAGACAUAUCUCUGGUUUUCCUUGCUGUUUCUUUGCGCUGUACCUAGUGGUGGUAUCGGAUCUUUUGGGCCACUUAUCAUCCAGGGUUUCGGGUUCAGCAAAUUCAAUACAAUUUUGUUUAAUAUCCCGUUUGCUGCGUUGCAAAUUGUUCUUACCAUUUCCGGCGCAACAAUUUCGACCAAGAUCAAACUGAAGUGGCCUGUGAUCUUUGGAUUUGCUCUCCCUCCAAUUGCCGGGGCGUCAGCGCUGAUGGUUCUGGGGAGGGGGGCAGAGUUGCGAAACAAACUCCUUGCCUGUUACUAUGUGCUUUCUUUCUUCUCUGUGCUGCAGCCAUUGCUAUACACAUGGAGUUCGCAGAAUGUCGCGGGGCAUACGAAGAAGACAUGCAACACUGGUCUCGUGUUUGUGGCCCAGUGUGCCGGGAAUAUUCUCGGCCCAUUGGUGUACAAGACAGAAGAAAAGCCGUAUUAUAGGUCGGGCCUGAUCUGCGAUUUGAUUUGCUGGAUUGCGCUUGCUGUUCUUGUUUUGAUUACCGCGGCAUAUCUCCACUACCUCAACGGUCGGCAUGCGAAACGACGUGUUGCAUUGGGAAAGACGAAAAAGGUUGUUGAUACGUCUCUGGAGAGCGCUAGUGAGGUGAAACGACGCGCAGCGGCCAAUGAAGGAGAGGCCGAUAAUUUGCAGUCAUUCGACGACUUGACUGACUUGAGAAACGAGGACUUCAUCUACGUUUUACCGCACUUUAUUCCUCCUUCCCAGCUGGAUGUUACGCGGUGGGAUGGGAACAUAAAUGACCCAGAGGCAUUUAUUAUGGACGAGGAUUUGGAGGAGAAUAGAGCUGUGAGAGAAGAAGAUUUUGAAGAGGAACAAGAAUUUGAAGAUGAAGAAGAAGGAGAAGAAACUGCUGAACUAGAGGAAAUGGUAGAAGAAGAAGAAGAGCCUGAGGCGGCCAAGGGAGACGGCAAGCGGAUACCACUACCGCCCAAGAAGCCACCGACAUCUCCCAGUUUCUACUCUGGCCGGGCCGCCUUCUACGACCAGCUAUCCCAAAUAGAAAGUGCCGUCCAGCAUACUCGGUCAGCCCUCCAAAUGCUCCAGCUGCUCCCCCUUCCCGACUUCGCCCGUCGCAGUCUGCCUGUCCGUCACGCGAUAUGGAAGAGCCCACGCGAAAUUGCGGGUGACUUGGGCGUCACGAUGUCCAGCUCCCGCUAUCGAAUACUCACCCGUCAACUUGGCCAGUUGAACGAAUACCUCCGCAUCGCCGAGGCCGCUGGUUGCGACGACCUGGCGGAACGCACGCGUAUGCUUCUCAACCUUUUCGAGAGUGCCUCGAAAGAGGCGGCACUGACGCGUGGAAAGCGAAAACGCCUCUACACCGACCAGCUCGGCCGCUCCUACACUUUUGGCAAGCGGAAAACAAGCACGGCACGUGUGUGGAUGGUCCCCGUGAUCGUAAAACCACAGGAACUCGAUGUUGUCGACCUGGAGAAGAUCCAGUCGCUCGACGAGGCGGCUGCACUCGUGACCUCGCAGCCUGAUCGAUUCUACGAGCCGCAGGUCGUGCCCAACAGCACAAUCCUCAUCAACAAUAUCCCAUUGGGCGAAUUCUUCCCUGUUCUUGCUGACCGUGAACGGGUGGUCAGGCCGCUCAAGAUUGCUGGUCUGCUCAGCGCUUAUAAUAUCUUCACGCUUGUCCGCGGGGGUGGGACGACAGGCCAGUCCGGUGCACUUGCCCAUGGUAUUGCGAAAGGUUUGAUCGUCCACGAGCCGUCCUUGGAAACUCUCAUGCGGAGAACAAAAUUACUGCGUCGCGAUCCUCGUAUGGUGGAACGCAAGAAGCCUGGCCUGGCCAAAGCCCGCAAAGGAUACACUUGGGUCAAGCGUUAG